AUGAUUAUUGUAAAUUUGUUCCAGAUCGGGUUGGUCAUCCUCGUGUGCCAGAUAUGUCGGACAGUCGCAGACCAAGAAGCUUCUGAAUCGCACAAAAAAGUGAUAAUUAAAAUUCCAGUCCAUGAGAAGAUAAUCAAGCACACCCACACGAUUUACAAAAUAAUCGGAGGUAAAGGUCACGGUGGUCAUGGAAAGAAACACCUCGUAUACCACAAACACGAACAUGGAGGACACGUGGACCAUGUGCACAAGCAUGCUGGGCAAAGUGAACACGAACACAAGCACCAUGGUGAUCAUGAACACGAGCACAAGCACCACGGAGAAGCGGAACAUGAACAUAAACAUCAUGGUGGCCAUGACCACGAACAUAAACACAUAGGUCACUCAUACCACGGUCACAAGCACCAUGGCCACAGCGAACAUGGUCACAAGCAUCAUGGUGCGUACGACCACGAGCAUAAGCACCUCGGAUCGGCUGAUCACCAACACAAACACCACGGCACAGCCGACCACGAUCACAAGCACGGAGGACACCAUGGUCAUCAUCAUAAGCACCACGGUUACUAUGGACACGGUCACAAGCACCAAGGUGCACAUGACCACAAACAUCUUCAUGGCGGCCAACAUGCUCAUGAACACGACCACGGCGGACACCACGACCAUAGGCACAAGCACACUGGCUACAGUGGCCAUGCUCACAAACAUGGUGGUGACUUAGGUCAUGGGCACCAGCACCACGGUCACGGAGGUCACACUCACAGCCACACAAUCCACGACCACGGAGGACAUCACGGGAUCACGGCCAGGCAAGCGGGUCACUACGAUGAGAUGGAGAAUGGCGAGUACGCUGUCUAUUCACAGAUCGGACAGGACAUGUUCAACGCCUACCUCAUUUAG